AUGGAAAAUAAUGAUAAUAAGUCAAUCGAUGAAGUGACAAUUGAUUCAAUUAAAAAAGAUGCUAUUCGCAAGAUUGAUCGAGAAGAAAAUGUUGAUAUUGAAGAUGAGACUAGAGAGUUUGAAUUAUCAAGUAAAAAUUCGUAUGAGAGAAUAAUUCCUGAACUGAUUAUUACCCCUAAAGAUGAAGAAUUGGAGAGUUGCAAUAUUGAAAAAGGUGAUGGAAUUGAUAAUGAUUUCGGACAAAAAGGAGAAAUCUCAAAAUGUGAAAAGGAACCAUUCUCCGAAACUAAUGAAGACAUCUCAAUAAUGACUGCUAUAAAUAAAGAUGAAGUGGAAAUUGGUGAAUCUCAGGAUUUUGGACUAGAAGAAUUAGAAAAUUGUGAAAAUGAACUGGUUUCAUCAGAUUUUAUUGAGUCUUGUCAGCCAAAUGAAGGUUUAUUUGAUAAAGAGUUGGUGGAUGAUCUAGAUUUGAACAUAGAUGAAAUGGAUUCAAUCUCCACAACAAAAACGACCCAAAACAAUUUGGUUGGUGAAAUUGCAUCUUCAGAAGAAAAAAUAGUUGAACAGAUUACAUCUCAUGACACUUCAGUGGAUAAUCUGAUAGAAAUCGAUCAAACACUCUCAAUGGGAGCUGAAUCUCUGUUACCAGUUAAUGAGGGAGUAAAUUUGAAUAUUUCUUCUAUUGAAAAUCUUGUGUUGGAUGAAAAUAUUCAAAUUGAUGGCUUAAACGACAAGGAGCCCUGUGGCAGUAUAUUGGGGAAUGAUACAAUAAGGAAUUCAGAUGAAGUAGUUUCAAACAAUGUCAAAGUUGAUACUGAUCAGGAAGUCAUUCAAAAUGCUGAAAAUGGAGCAAAUAUUGGCAAGGGAGGGAUGAAACAGUCUAUAUUAUUAUCUUGUAAUGAACCAACAUCUGUAGUUGAUGGAGACACUCCAAUUGCUACAGUUAUCAAUUUAAUGUCAGAGAAUCUUGAGUCUGAUAAUAGAUCUGAUCAACAAAUUCCCUAUCCUGGAAGUAAUAUCAAUGAUAACAUCAUUGUUUCAGGCUCUCCAGAAGAUGAAAGUAUUUUUGAAAUUGAACAUAUUGGAGCCAAUGAAUCAAUGGUUAUAGAAGAGGAUAAGAAUAAAAUUGAAGCUGUUGAAGUGCAAAGUAUUGAAAGCAAUACACUAGAUAUUAAAACAAAUACAACAAGAGAAGUGAAGAUCAAAGAUAAUCAUGAACAGGAAGAAGAGGAAUUGCAGAAAGUAGAUCGUAUUUUGGAGGAGAAAGAUGUGAAUUUUGAAAUAAUUGAUGUCAAUGAUGAUUUAAUUCCAGUUGAAAAUGAACUAACAUCUGAUAAAACCGCAGAUAUUAUUGAAACGAAAGAAGAAGUGAAGAUCGAAGCAAAUUAUGAACAGGAAAAGGAUGAGUUUAAAAAAGAAAAUAGCAUUAUAGAGGAGAAAGGUGUCGAUCUUGAAAUAAUUGAUGUCAAUGAUGAUUCUAUUCCAGUUGAAAAUGAACCAACGUCUGAUAAAACCGCAGCUAUGAUUGAAACGAAUGAAGAAGUGAAGAUCGAAGCAAAUUAUGAUCAGGAAAAAGAUGAGUUUAAAAAAGAAGAUAGCAUUAUAGAGGAGAAAGUUGAAAAUGAACUAACAUCUGAUAAAACUGCAGAUAUUAUUAAAACGAACGAAGAAGUGAAGAUCGAAGGAAAUGAUGAACAUGGAGAAGAGGAGUUUAAAAAAGAAGAUUGCAUCAUAGAGGAGAAAGGUGUCGAUCUUGAAAUAAUUGAUGUCAAUAAUGAUUCAAUUCCAGUUGAAAAUGAACUAACAUCUGAUAAAACUGCAAUUAUCGAUAGCUCUUCAGGAGUUGAAUGUAUUCGAAAUGAGUCCCCAUCAACAUUUCAGUUAUCAGAACUCAGUCUGGGGAGGCAAGAAACGUUUCUGCUUGUGAGUUCAUCCAAUACUGAUACUACAGAUGAGAGCACUAGUAAAUGUGGAGUCAAGGGUUUGAUUGAGAGAUUCUCAAAUAACACAACAACUUCACCAAGUGCUUCUAUCAAAAUUGAAUCUAUUGUCCAACAAGAUAAUGUGAAGUGUGAUCCUCUCAGUGGAAAAUUGGAAGGAAGAGAAUUUUAUGAAGUAGAUGAUACUGAAACUGGUCAUAGCAAUAAAUUAUCACAACUCAUAAAACAUUUUGAAUCAAAUACUGUUGAUAAAGCUCAACGGAAUGUGUUGACAACUGAUGAGAUCGUUAAAGUAGUUACAUCAGACAAUGAUGUGAUUGAAGUGAGGAAUGAAAAAGAAGUGAUUGAAAACAAAACUUCUAAGGAUUCUGAGUUUGACCCAACAAACAUUCCCACAAUUGUAACUGAUGUGAUAUCAGAUGAGAAAGAUUAUGAAGAUGAAACCUUCUCAUCUCAGCAUGAAUUUGACUUGUGUUCAAUAGGUUCUCACGAUGAUGACGUGGUCAGCAAGAGUUACACAGACAUCAAUGAUGGAAGCAAUGAUUCUUUAACAAGAAAUGGAAACUUUGGGUCAACCGAACAUCUUUUACUUUGUGUUGGAGGUAUGGCAGAAUUAGAAGAUAGUGAGAUUCAACCAACAACAACUAAUGAAGAAGAAAUGAAUAAAAGUGAACUGAUAGUUGAUGAUGGGAAAUUUAAUGAAAUCAAUAGUCAAAAUGAAUCUGCUAUUGAAUUAGUACAACAAGAUCAGUCAUUGAUUAUAGUAGAGCUUACUGAAACUAUGAAUCAUGAAAUUGAUCGAAGUGAUGAGAUUGGUUCUUUGGAGACAUCUGGAGAAGUAAUGAAACGUUAUGGAACCAGUAAUGACCUUCUAGCAGAUCUUAUGCUUGAAGAAAAUUUGAUUGAAAACAAAGCUGAGGAUGAAGAAAAAUCAUUGGUGUCAUUCAUUCAAAUUGAUGAAUCCAUGGAUUUGAAAGAAGAGGAGAUAGUGAAAAGUGAAUUAGAAGAGCAUCCAUUGAUAGUAGAAGAAGCAGGAACAGAGGUUGAUAAUAUUGAUCUGCAAUCACAAUGUGUGAAAUUGAUAGACUCUGAAAAUAGUGGAGAAAGUUUUAAACAAGAUAGUAGUUCGACACUAAAUGAUUUGUUGAAAGUUGUAGUGAAUUCACAUUUAUCUCAAAAUGAAAUGGCAUCUCAAGAGACUAGUAUGGAAGUACCAUCAGAGAUAGCAUUACCUCCUCUAGUUGAAACACAUUCCGCUGAAUUGAAUGAAACUAAUGAAAAUCCAGUUGAAAGUUCGGAGCCACGAGAUGUAUGCUAUGAAAUCCUAAACGAAAUAUCGAAUGAAAAAUCGAAAACUGAGGAAGACAGUUUUUUGAAAACUUCGAUUUCUGACAAACAAGGAACAGAUAGUACAGGAAGUGAACUGAACAGGAGUAUAUCUCUGAUUGUAAACAGUUCAUUGGAAAGCGAUUUCUGCAGCAACUUACAAGAUGAACCGAUUUCAGAAUGUGUUUUAGAAACUUUGUUAUCCAAAAAUGAAAAUUUGGAGUCUGUGGAGGAACCUGAAAGAGAUUCGAUAGAAGAUAAUGUACUUUCAACAGAAGCUGGUGAGGCUUGUGUGGAGAUAAAUCAAAAACAGACCACGGAAGAACUUGAAUGGCUGGAUAAACAAACAAAUGAAAUACAAGAGCCAGCAAGAUCACUAUUAGUCAACUUGGACGAUAUUAAAGACUCUAUUGAACCAAAUAUGAAGACCUCGGUUGAUAAUAGAAUAGAAAAUGACGAUAGUUCUCAAAUUGAGUUUGAUGCUGAAUGUGAAAUCAAUAAUUCACCACUCAAGAACUCCGAUAAUAAUGGGAGUUCAAUGACACCAAUGUUGAUUGAUACACUAAUUAAUGAGGGCUCAACUAAUCAUCCUAGUGAAUCUGAUUCUAAUAUUGACAAUAGUGAUUUAUUGAAGGAGACCAUAGAUGAAAAUGAAAUUGCAGUAAAAAUUGAGGCUCAUGGAGAGGAUUUAAAAGAGCACAUUGAUCUACUUCCCAGUGGAGAUACAUUAUUGAUUGAUCAAAGUUCUACAUCUCAAAAUGAUGCUGAAAUAUCUCACACUAAUUCUCUUCUAGAGCCUUUACCAGUCAACAUUGAUGUGGAAGAGAGUAUUGAUCAUUCUUUCGAAUUUGAUGAGAACAUUCAGGCCACUCAAACACCAGAGCCAGUCAUCAAAUACUGUGUACCUUGUGUUGAUACAACUUCAUAUCCUCCAUUAUCAAACCAUUGCUCUAGACCGUCAUCAAGAAUGGAGGUUAUAAGGGAGGAAACAGAAGAAAUUAGUGACAAUAUACAAGUUGAAGAGACAAAAGAAGAGGGACUUUCUCCUUUUUUAGACAGUGAUGAUGUGUCAGUCUCUGAUAUAAGUGAGUGUUUGGAAAAGUUUGAUAGUCUCAUUCAAGAAACUGAACUCCGCGAUAGAGAUUUGCUUGACAUUGAUGAAAACAAGCUUGUAGAAAUAAGUGUGACAGAUUGUGAUACUGGAGAGCACAGUGAUAACUUGUUGCUUGCUGAGAGUGAAAUCCCAGAGUGUGAUAGGGUAAUUGAUGAAUUAGUGGAUAAUAGUAAUUCAGAACUUGGGCAUCAAGAUUUACAAGGUAAUGAAGAUCAUAACUCAGAUAUUGAUUCAAGAGAUGAGAAGAUUGUAGACGUUUAUGAAAUUCAUGAUAUUAUUCAUGACAAAAGCCCCAGUUUCAAUCUGAAUGCAGAUUUGAAUCGAAAUGACAGUGAGAAAAGUGUUGAAAAGAUUAGCAGUGGUGAUAUUUUAGUGAAAGAAGGUAAAUCAACAGAAGUUGCAGAAGAUGAUUGUAAGAAGAGUGAGCGCAAACCAAGGAAAAGUUUGGUGAAGAGUAAGAAAAUGUUUUGGGAUGAAAAAUUAAAAAGUUUACAGGCCGAACAGGAAAAUAAGAGUAAAAUACUGAUAGAAAAGAGGACUAAAACAGUUUUAAAAGACCACAGUAAUAGAAAUAUUGUUCAACCGGCUUUAGAAAUAAAUAGAACUGUAAAUCAACAUUAUGAUCAAGGAGAGGUACCUGAUAAAAAUAUGUCAUCGACUUCUAAAAUGAAUAAGAGUGUGAGUCAACAAUGUAAUAAACAGAAAAUGCCUGAUACAAGAAAUGAAAUAAGAAACAAGGACUUCGGUAAGCAAUCGCAUUCAAAUACACAAUCAAAACCAAAUUUAAUAGUUGAAGAACCAGUUAAGAUUGUUGUUGAGUUGAGUGAUGAGAAUAAUGAAAUUGUUGACGAUAGGAAAUCAGUUGACAACUGGAAAAAUUACUGGAACAAUUUACUUGUGAAUGAGAAAGAUGAGGAGACGCAAGCAAUGAGCAGACAGCCAUCUAUUAGAGUGAAGGGGAUAGUAGCAUCCAGUCGGAGUUUGUUUGAAAAUUCGAACACCAAUCUUGAACGUAGUGUUUCAUGUGAAAUAUUGAGUAAUAAAAGUGUCAUGAGUGAUAAAAAACGAGCUCCAGCUAGGUCAGUUGGUGAGAAUUUGAAUAAAAUUGGUUUGGAAACACCAGUCAAGUCAAGUCACAUUCGUGGAGAGAAUUCUGAAACACUGCAGAAAUCUGAGUCUGUAUCGAAUAUUUUAGAACGUAUCAAGUUUUUUGAGAGAUCAAGUAAUGAGACAAGAGGUGGUAAUAAUAUUGAGAUGACUAUGAAUUUUAUAAAUAGGAAAAAGUGCUCCCUGGAGAACACUAGUACUCCGUGCAGUCCUACUACAAUUAAAAUCGAUUACUUCGAUGACAACCAGGAUGAAUCACUGCCUUGUCAGACAUUGAAGAAUAAAAAGAUGAAGAGUGAGAGUAUGGAUUCAAGUGAUGGUGACCUGUACAAUCCUCUAACGAUGACUUUAUCUGGGAGGGUGAGGUCAUUCAGUACGGGCAAAAUUGAUGAAACUCCAGACGGCUCGUUGUCUAAUAUUGAAGAGGACAGAUCGGCUAAAGGUAGUGAUCAAUGUUUAGAAAAAAGUGAUGAAGAGUUGAAAAAUACUAAUACCGGUAUGUUGGAGAUUACUACACAACUGAGCCGCGCAAAGUCGGAAGGAAAUUUGAGUAUGAGUGAAAAAGUUACUAGUCGGGCUCGUUUUGAGCAAGCAAAGUCAUUUUUCAAAUGUUUGGAGGAAGAGAAUCUAGUUCCGAAAAAGGAGAGUCGAGAUGAUUGUCUGAUUCCGCAGAAACCUAGAAGGUUGAAGCAGAUAUCUAUGGAUUCUGAUUCGUGUGGAGAAGGAUGUAAACCUAAGAAGAAAGAGAGCAAAUACAGAAGAAGAGGACGUAGACGUAGGAAAGAUUCAUCUGCAAUGAAAGUACGUUCCGCACCUACGUCUGACUCUGAAUGCAGGAUGUCCAUGUAUGACAGAGAAUUCGGAGGCAGUGAGAGACAUAAACGUAUAUCGGAGAGAUUCCAUGUGAAGCACUUGUUCCGUGAUAUUGCAGGGGACACUGAUGGAAUCUUCAAAGGCAUCCCUAAUAGAAAAGCUGUUCUUGCUUCUCUUGAAGAUCUUAGGGCGGAUUCAGUUCCUGACGAUCAGCAGGAUUAUGAAGAGCCUAGCAGGAGUCACAGCUUGUCUAGUAUCCCAUCCGGUUACCAGGACGAAUAUCCUUAUCUACCCACCACUCCUCCUAGUCAGUAUAAACAUCGGUCUCAACUCGAGGAUAGACUGAUAUCCAGAUGUAAAUUAGUCACUUAUGAGAUGGAGAUAUGA